UGGUUAUCAUGACUAAUUGAAUUCUCAAGGAAAGAGAGAGAUUGACAGUUUCAAUUUCCAGUUUCAUUUUCCAUUCCACUCUCAGUCAACAAAUUGUACAACUCAGCCCACCCUCAGGAUUAUAAAAGCCAGCAGAAAUCCUCAUGUUGAGCAUUUCCAUUCCUCUGAAGAACAGCUGGAGUUCCAAACAGCACCAUGAGCAACACUCUGAAGGAAUCCCUGUUAGAGAAACUCCGCCAGUUUCAAUGUCACUUCACAUGGGUUCCAGAGAAUGACAACACCGACUUCAGAGAUUUGAAGCUGAGAUUACAAGAUUCUAUAAAUCUUGGUGUAAAAUAUCAAGCCACAUCCUACAACCAUCUUGCUUUUGUAAACUGUCAGCAAGGCUACUAUGAAGAAGCAAUUCAAAAUUUAAAGAAAGCUAAAAAGAUAUGGAGAGAGAACCACAAAGAUGACUUUGAAAGAAGAAGCAUCAUCACCUAUGGAAACUUUGCCUGGGUGCAUUACCACAUGGAACAACUGACCGAGGCCCAGUCCUAUCUCGACAAGCUGGAGAUGAUCUGUAAACCGCUCAGUGAUGGCCCUCGCUAUACAGCAAUGAUACCCGAGGUGUACGGGGAGAAGGGAUGGUCAUUGUUGAGUUCUGCUGCUAAAUACUAUGAGGAGGCAAAGGAAUGUUUUGAGAAGGCUCUGCAGGACGAUUCUGAUAAUGUGGAGUGGACUAUGGGCUAUGCAACUGCUUUGCUUCGUCUGGAAGUUAUUUCUGGUGUUCCAGAGGAUCAGGAGCGAAGUCAGCCAGUGAAGUAUCUGCGACGGGUGCUGGAGCUUGACCCAGAUGACACGUUGGCCAUGGUUAUGUUGGCCCUAAAGCUGCAAGGGUUCAAUGGCUCAGAAAAAGCAAAUGAAUUAAUUAAAGAAGCAUUGAGGAAGUCCCCAGAUCUGCCAUAUGUGCUUCGCUAUGCAGCAAAGUUUUACAGAAUAGGAGGAGAUGUUGAUAAUGCAAUAGGCCUGUUGAAGAGAGCUUUAGAAUUUACUCCAUCCUCGACUUUCUUACACCACCAAAUCGGUACAUAUUACAGGGGAAAACUAUUCGCACUGAGAAAGAAAAAAGACCGCAACCAUUCUGACAGAGCAGAGUUGAUUAGUAAGUGCAAAUAUCACUUUGAAAAGGCAUUUGAACUUAAACCAUCAUUUGUUUUUGCAAAAAUGGAUUUUGCAGGAAUCUGCUUGGAAAAUGGAGAAGUAGACCGAGCAGAGGAGAUCUACAACAGUCUGCUGAGCUUGGAGGAUCUUGCUCCAGAUGAUAAGCAGGCACUAGCAUUACAAGUUGGAUUAUUUGAACUGCACCACAAAAGAUCUGAAUCAAACGCCAUUGUCUAUUUUCUGGACGGACUUAAAAUCCGUCAUGGAAGUAAACAAUGGAAGCUCUGUGACAGUAACUUGAGGAAGAUCUUAAGAAAUCAAAUUGAGAGGAAUCCAAGAAACAGCAAAGCUUUUGGUGUUCUUGGGAUGGUGCACCAGCUGGCUGGGGAGAAGGCUGAGGCUAUUGAAUGCUUUGAAAAGGCCUUGGAAUAUGAUCCUGGCAAUGAAGAAUAUCUCAAUGCUCUUUCUGAAUUACACCUUUCUAAUUAGGCUUUAGAUGCCUAAAGAUUUGCAGGGGUAUUGUACCUGUGGAAGGGCUUUUCCUCAAUCAUUACUCACUGUAUUCACUUCUCCCAUUAAUUCUCCAAUUUCCACCUGAGUUGAAGUGAUAUUAUUUUAGAUACUUGUGAUGCUAUGGUUAGAUCAGUAGCACUGGCAUGUAAAAUAACUGCAAGUUCCCAGUUCUAUUACUCCAUGGGUCCUAUUUCAGCUGGAGUCGUUCGCUGUUCUACCAAAUUCUAGGUAAAACUUAUUUUUAUGUGCCGGCACCAAACUCAAAGUGCCAUCUGAUUUGAUUUCAAUUUUAAUAAAGCUUGCUCUGAAAGAAAAUGAAAUGAUUUAUAAAAUACUCAAAUUACAAAGGAGAGUAUUCAAGUCCAUUUUUUCCCAAAUGAGCCAUAAGCAAUUAUGACCCAAUUAUAUAUUACUAUAUAGUAUGUACUAUAUUACAAUAUUACUAUAUAUAGUAAUAUAUAUUACUAUAUUAUAUAAUAAUUACUAUAAACUUUCCUUACUCUUCUACAUUAUUUAAUGUUAAUAAUUCCAUUCUAAGCAAUUUUAAAUUGAAAGCAAAUAUAUUCCGAUGAAAUCUUUGCAACUUGUAGUAGAGUCGAGUCUAUGUACAGUGUUGGUUUACAGUCCACACUCAUGCAAUUUACAGUGCACCAAAGUUGAAUCAAAAUGUAAAAAAUAUUAAAAUAUUAUGCUAUAAAAGCAGAAAAUUCUGGUAACUUUUCACAGAUCGUUGAGUAUCCAUGGAAUGGAAAACAGGGUUUAAUUUGCAGACUGAAGAUCGAGAUGCAGUCUAAUCUGUUGUGUGCUUUUCGUUAGAAUUUAUGCUGUUACUUUCAUUUAAAAUCUUAUAGUCAUUAUUGUAUAUUUUCCUUUCAUUAUUGUUAAAUGAGCUGUAAUAUUAGAAACUGAGUGUAAAAGCAACCAAUAAAUGUUAUGAUUUAACUCUG